AUGGCAAAAGCCAAGAAAACCGAGACGAAAAAAAAACGCUCAAAAGAGAACGAAACGCAGAAGACGAAAUUAACGCUCACAUUCUCACGUCUGCAGGGCUUUGGCGGUUUCGCCACGUUUAUCCUGCUGGCCGUCAACGUCACACUCAUCCUCGGAUCAGCCUGGAUCCUAAUUAACGCGCAACUUUUCACAAAACAAGACGGAAUCUGCUUGAGUGAACAAUGCAUUAAUACAGCAUCCGGUGUCCUGCGAGCAAUGGAUCGCUCGGCGGAUCCUUGCUCGGACUUUUAUCAGUACGCGUGCGGCGCCUGGAUGAAGGACAAUCCGGUGCCCGAGUGGACGGCCACUUGGGACCGGCUGGCCGUGCUGCGUGAGUCCUUGUUGGUCGAAAUGCGCGGCAUCCUCGAGACACCUAAUUCGAUUUCGGAUGAACCCAGUGCAGUCAGGAAGGCUAAAUUGUUGUACAAGACUUGUAUGAAUACAGACGAGUUGGAACGCAAGGGAUUAGAGCCAAUUAAACGUACAUUACAAGCGGUCGGACUGUCAACGCUGCCGCCAGGACAAUUAAAUACCACAGAAUUUGACUGGUUAUUUACCAUCGCAAAAAGUCGUCGUUUGCUCGGAAUAAACAUACUCUAUGGCUUUAAUAUAGCAGAAGAUGUGCGUAAUUCAUCACUAUACAAAAUUGUGAUCGAACAAAUCUCGCCUGGAUUCGGUGAAAAAUUCCUCCUGCAAUCCGAUAAAUUCACGCACGAACUAACUGAAUACAAGCGGCAUAUUGUAAAAAUGCUGACAACGUAUGCAAAUUGGAGCGGUGCGGCACUCACCCCCAUCGAGGGUGAAAACUUUGCGGCGGAUGUCAUCAGCGUUGCAACACAAAUCGCACAGGUCAUGACCCCCGUCCAAGAGCGCCGCAGUACGAACCAUCUUUUUCACGAGGUGACCCUCCAUGAGCUCGAGCAAGGACCACCCGGGCAUGAAAAAUGGCAACUGGUUAAUUGGACGCAAUAUUUAGAAAUCAUCUUCAAUGAUACCUCGGUUAUCUUAGAUAAUAAAAAGGAUAAAGUUAUCCUGUUGGAUUUAUUCUACAUGCAGAGAUUAGCAUCGCUUCUGGAUAAAAUCGAUCCUGAAAUGUUGGAGAGAUUCAUCUGGUGGAACGUCUUUUCCGCACUUGCACCCUUGACCAUCGCCGAUUUUCGAACCUUGGGGUACGAGUUCUCGCAGCAGCUGUUCGGACUCAAAGCGAGGACGCCCCGCUGGAAGGGAUGCACGAAUAAUGUGAACGCCAACUUUGGGCUUGCUUUGAGUUACGCAUACGUGCGCAGCAGACUCACGCAGCACGAGAAAAACAACGUGCUCACAAUGCUGGAUGAUGUGCGAGGUGCCUUUGAGGAGGCUGUGCAUGGUCUCGACUGGAUGGAUGGUGUAACCAGGGAGAAAACUCUCAGUAAACUGCAUGCGAUUAGAGCUUUUGUUGGAUAUCCCGGAUGGAUUUUAAAUUCCACACAACUGGAUAAGUAUUAUCGAAACGCGUAUGUUUUAGAGGAUAAUUUAUUCGACACAUUCCUGAAUCUUACAAACGCAGCAGUCCGGCGUACAAUGCAUAAUCUCCGAAAGAAACCAAAUCGCAAUCGUUGGGUGGCUACAGCAACAACAGUGAACGCCUUCUACUCGGCGACUCUAAAUUCCGUCACUUUCCCAGCAGGCAUCCUCAAGCCGCCGUUUUACGGCAACGGAAUCGCCGCGAUCGACUAUGGCGGUAUCGGGGCCAUCAUGGGACACGAAGUAACGCACGGAUUCGACGACCAAGGCCGCAGAUACGACGAAAAUGGAAAUUUAAGACAAUGGUGGUCUUUGGAUACUUUACAACACUAUCAUGACAGAGUCAGAUGUAUUAUAGACCAGUAUAAUAAUUAUACAAUGCCGGAAUUAGGAAAUGCAUUCAAAGUGCAGGGCGUCAACACUCAGGGUGAAAACAUCGCUGACAACGGCGGUUUGCGCGCUGCUUUCGUCGCCUACAAGCGUCGGCAGACACGUCCGGGAAACAGCAUCGCAAUGCAUCAACGCCUUCCCGGAUUACCGCACGUCACCGACGAUCAACUCUUCUUUUUAGGAUUCGCACAGAUAUGGUGCGGCAAUUCGACGCGCGGCGCGCUGAAGAGUAAACUCGUGGAUGGCGUGCACGCGCCGAACAGAGUACGCGUCCUGGGCACAUUGGCCAACUCGGCGGAGUUUGCCGCCGCUUGGAAUUGUCCCGCGGGCGCGCCGAUGAAUCCACAGCGCAAAUGUGUACUCUGGUGACGGGCACAACUUCGGAUUUUCAAUUAACGCCGCCUGCUCACAAGCAGGGCUCGCGUAUUGUGGGACAGGACGUACAAAGUGAUAAUUUAGAUAAAAUUUUAUUUAAUUGCAGACAGAUUGAAAUAGAAACUA